CCGAGCGGGGUCACGGCCCGGCUGUCGGGAGCAAGGUUUCCGAGAGUGCGGGGCGAUCCGUGGGUCAGGGCGGCCCCCGGCCCGGCGCCAUGUCCCGGAACCUGCGCACGGCGCUUAUUUUCGGCGGCUUCGUCUCCCUGAUCGGCGCCGCCUUCUACCCCAUCUACUUCCGACCCCUGAUGAGGUUGGAGGAGUACCAGAAGGAACAAUCCAUAAAUCGGGCUGGUAUUGUUCAAGAGGAUGUGCAACCACCAGGGUUAAAAGUGUGGUCUGAUCCAUUUGGCAGGAAAUGAGAAGGCUGUCAUCAACUCCGAUUAUGAAAGUAGAUAUCUUCAGGCUGUAGAUUCUGCAUCGAGUGCGAUAAAUCACCUUACUAUAGAACAAUGACUGGAGAAGAAAACUCUGUAAUGCCAUUAAGUAAGAAUCCUUGUAAUAAAAGACUCUGCACAAGGAUUAAUAUUUCCCUUCUUAAGUAUCAAAAGAACCCUGGAACAAAUUAUGCCAUUUUGGAAGAUUUUCAUGAUUCAUUUGGCUUGCCAAAAAUGAAGGUAUCUCAUCCAGCUGUGUUUGGAGGAGAUCUGCUUAUUACUAAGUCUUUACCACUCACCCAGCUGAGCUGUGAUAGGAAUACAAGUGACUGAUGGGCUUGAGUAGAUCCAGAUCUACUUUGCCAUCUUCCAAAAUGAGAGAUUUCAGUGAAAAACCACCAUGCUGAGCUGCCUCAUAGGACUCUUUGAAAAUGUUCAAGUUGAUAAAGCUCUUUGAAGACAAGGUACUUUGUGCAGCUUAACCAUCUCUUGUUGAAGAUUGCUUCAUGUUGGAAAAUAAAUAAAUGUGAAGCAAGUUAAACUAGAUAGGUACACAUGCAUAGUGGAAAUCAAUGGUGAAUUAACAGAAGUGAAAAUAUGUAUAUUAAAUUGACUUAUUUUUACUUCGCAA